AUGGCCUCCACUACCAUGCCACCUCCUCCCACUCCCUUUGCUCAUCGACGAACCCUUCGACUCAUAAAUAAGAGCCAUCCUUUGUCACCUCCUGCGUCACCCGACUCACCAGAAUGCGUUCUGCGUAAGAUGUCCCUGGCCAAAGGCGCGACUUUCCACUGUUCAUCGUCUCCCUCAACGGAAGAUGAUCCAGUCUUGAGCAUUCCUCACUUGACUCGCCGCUCUCCGACUUGCUCAGCGUCGACUCUGACUAGCUGGCUUUCUGAGAAAGAAGACGUCGCCAAGUCUAUCGCUGACUUUGAGGAGACCUUUUCGGGCGCUCGUGGAAAACGAUCUGGAGGCAGGCGCAGGUCCUCUCAGAACUUUGAUCGUCUGGUCUGGGUGCGCCGUGCCGCUCUACCAUCUGACGAAGGUUUGGGCUCAUCUGUCAGCCCCGCCAGUGACAAAGGUCUAGCUCGGACUUUUGAAAGAGCUUUGGAUUUGUUGUCGAACAAGGAUAGUGGACUGGGAUCUUCGAUCAAGAGUGACUCAGCCGGCCGAGUUGUGGGAAACACCUCUGAAGAAGACGGUCUUGUUCAAGACUUGAUUCAAGAAGCUGACUCUUCAGAAACGACCUCCCGCCGCCUCAGGCACCGAGGCCUUACCUCAACCUUGAGGUCAUCCAACGCUGCUCCUUCUGCCGUCACCGAAAGUGUGGCACCUCGCCCUGGAAGGGCGAGCCUCCGUCACCCACCUCUCACGGUUUCUGCCCGAAAUAAACUCAAGCAACAUAUAAUCUCGCCCAUCCUCCAAGAGACUCGCUUUGAGAACCUUCAUCCUUUUGUCACCGCUCUCGGCUCCAAGUCUAACAAGAAGAUUAAAUGCUUGCGUGAUCUGGAACAAAGCCUCAUAUUCCAGCCCCUGUCCCUUGCCAUCUCGAGGCAUCUUUACCGCGCAUUCGGCGAGUUUACCAUCCAGCUCGUCGUCGACGCUUAUCAACAUCUCUCUGAAUCAGAACAACGGCGUGCUUCUGACCGUCCUUACGACAACGGUUACUUCCUUGAUUUGGUACAGCAAGUCAACAGACUCGCCUCUCACAUAGGUUCCUCCAGCAGCAACCCACUGGCCGAAGGUGCGGAAGAGAACGACGAGAUGGCUUACUCUAUCGACGAUGAGGUCACCUUGGAGGGUGGUCUUGGUGAGACCGGAAACCAUGCCGAGCUUGUUCGCUGGAAGAAUGGCAAGGGUAUUUCUCUUCGUACCGGUUUGCCCUACGAACCAAGUCCGGGGAUCAAGAGAGAAAGCAGCAGUGCUCACGACGAAGACGUUGCGCGGUCCAUGGCUCGCAGAAAAAAGGGCUACAUUCCUGAAAUCGUCGAGAUGAAGUGUUCAGACCCGACUUGCGACAAGAUCUUCACCCGCAAGUGUGACCUGGCUAAACAUGAGAAGACUCAUUCUCGUCCCUUCAAAUGUCCUGAGGAAGGCUGCAAGUAUCACGAGAUGGGCCUGCCGACCGAGAAGGAACGUGAGCGCCAUUGGAAUGACAAGCACUCCAAGAACCCUCAGUUUUACAAGUGCGACUACUGCGAAUUCCGUACCAAACGCGAGAGCAACUGCAAGCAACACAUGGAGAAGAAGCACGGGUGGCAUUACGAACGCGCAAAGGGCAAAGACAAGGCCACUGUCGGGUCCGGCAAGAUGACGCCUGCCCAAACUCCUCAGACCCCUAGCAUGGACUACUCUGCUAGUCCCGCCAUCUCUACGAGCAUUCACAGCCAUUGGGAUGAUGCAAGCUCCAUCGCAGGUAGCAUCUCGGCCAGCGCUGUCAUCACUCCUUACGAGCAACCGCUCAACAAUUUUGACAGCUACCGACCUGCUCCCGUGAGCUACUCGAACCCCAUAUUUCCAAGAAACCCACCGUCAAUGUCGUACAAUCAGUCGGCAGAUGAUUUCGACUUCAACAAUACUCCUUAUAGCAACGCUUUCCAACCCGCUCAGGCGUAUAUUUCUCCCACCAACACGACUCCUAUGAGUGCUGCCAACAUCAUGGGUACGCCAAUCACUCCAGCGUACAGCAACAUCACCGAGCCGUCUCCAUACGACACUUCGAUGGAUCUCAUGAUGGAUUGCACCAAUCCAACAAUUUUCAACGAAGGCUUACCCACUCCAAGCUCCUUCUUGGUGCCUCAGUCUCGCAACCCCUCAAUCUCAGAGCACUCUCCCAUGAUUGCUGGACCGUCCGGUCAACCCUUCGGUAAAGCUCCAAUGAUGGGUCAGGAAUUCGACUUUCCUGUCGAGGAUUUCUCUCUCUUUGGUGGUGAAGACAGCAAUGCAUUCUCAAACCCAGCUGCUGCGAGUGCAACACUCUUCCCUGGUGGUCCAGAAGCUUUUGCUGCUCUGGACAACGAUCCUAUGUUCGACGAGUCCUACAAUGACGACGAGCUUUUCGACUGGGACAUGACAAAUAACUAG